UCUCUUAACCCAUCCAUGAUAUCAACAUGCCUUAACGCUUCUUUUAAUAGGCAGUACACCCAUGCUUCAACGAAAGUACAUGUCAUGACCAUGUAGUAGUUUUGCGCAGUCCCUAAAUUAUUUUAAAAGAAUAUUCCGAUCCCUAACAGAGUUACAUUUGAACUACUCAAAGCGAAAACCAUGCUACAGCGCACAGGAAUCCGUCACUGCGAUUGUAUCUUCACCGAAGAUCGGUUUCCUGAAGGAGGGGGUUGGUUGACAGGCUGUUUCUGACAUGAAGACCCGGCCUGCAGGGAUCGGCAAUGUCAAUGCCGAUUGGAUGGGUUCGCUCCCCUCCAAGCUCAGCGCCAUGCCCCUCAAACACCUCGCCGUGCCAGGGUCUCAUGAUUCUUUUACCUUCUGGGUGGAUGUGCAUGCUCCUGUUGGACCCGACCAGAAGGCAUAUGUGAAGUACCUCGCCACCAUGUUCAGCGUCUUAGCCAAGAAAGUCAUGGUGAAGUGGUCCAUGACCCAGAAUCUGACAUUUAAAGAGCAGCUGGAUGCAGGAAUACGCUACUUUGAUCUCCGGGUCUCCUCCAAACCAGGCGAGUCUGGAAAUGAGAUUUACUUCAUCCAUGGCCUGUUUGGUCACAAGGUUAGCGAUGGCUUGUUAGAAAUCAACUCCUUCUUAAGCAGACACAGGAAAGAGAUAGUGUUUCUAGACUUCAACCACUACUAUGCAAUGGAUCUAGAGCAUCAUGUGUACCUCAUCAGCAUGCUCCAGGAAGUGUUUGGCAGCAAGCUUUGCAACAACUGUGCAGUGGAGGGCAUCACUCUGGACUACCUCUGGCAGAAGAAAUACCAGGUGAUUGUGUUCUACCAUCAUCCAUCAGCUCAGGAUAUCCCUGUCAUGUGGCCUGGCAACAAGAUCCCUGCUCCCUGGGCGAACACCACCGAACCCAAAAAGCUCACACAGUUCCUGGAAACUACACUGAGGGAAAGAGCCAAGGAUGGCUCCUUCCACGUGUCUCAGGCCAUCCUCACACCCAGGGUUAACACCGUGGCCAAGGGCCUGGUCUGGGGGCUGCGCAACUACCUGGUGGAGAGAAACCUGCCGACCAUCAUGUCCUGGGUUGAGGCUCAGAGGCCGGGGAUGGACGGGGUCAACAUCAUCACCUCUGACUUUGUGGAGCUCACUGACUUUGCCAACAUUGUCAUCAAACUCAACAACCUGCUGUUGUCUGAACAGGACCACAAACAAAGAUGACACACGUUUGCACAACAGCCCAAAUGUGUGCUGAUGUGGUGCAAGUCGCAGGGCAGAUUCUUCCACCAUUGUUGGAUAAUAGCUCUUACAUAACGCCAGAGUCCCUAUAAAGUUAGUUUUAAUAAUAAUGUAUUAUAUUGCAUUAGUGACUUCAACAAGGACGGUUUAUCAUUAGCAAGAAAUUAGCUAUUUCUUUAGCAGACAGUUUCAUUGUCUUGCUUAAGGACUAGUAAAGCAGUAAAGGGAUACUGUAUGACCCCGUUUAAUGGCCCUUGAAUAACAUAAAACCUUUCAACCUUUUGAACCAUUUUGAACGUCACGGUUUUUGUUGCAGCUGGCUCUCUCAGCCCCAAUAUCAUGCACAAGUCCAAAAGAGGGGAAGAAGCUGGAGUUUUACCACCAUCAAAAGGUCGACCAAAUCCUGUCAUACCACCGCUUUGGCUUCAUUUCUGGAUUCAAACUGCUAUAUUCCCUUUUGGUGGAAAAGCUGGAAAUAUACCACAUUGUAGUGUCUAAUGGCCAUGCAGCACAGAUUACCAUGCAGAAACAGACUCACAGCUGCCUGUGACCUGGACAAUGAUUGUACGAAUCAAGGAUUUCAACAUGGUUCCAACAUCUCAAAUAUUAUGCUGUGUUCACACCAA